AUGGCCAUUUCCACAAUAAUGCUAAAUAAGCAACUAUUUCCUAUUCUUCUGAUUCGCAUCGCGGUGGUCAUGGCCACAAUUACGGCCACGACUUCUCAGGAUGCAACUCUUACGUGCAACACGGUGUAUACAACCCUUGAACCAUGUCUUGGUUACGUCUUAGGUGGUGGAUUAAGUGUGCCAUCAGAGUGUUGUAGUGGAAUUAAAUCUCUCAACAGUGCACGUACAAUAGCUGACCGCCAGAGUGCUUGCAAAUGCAUAAAGAGCGUUGUUUCUAGCUCUACCGUUGUUCCAGUCAGCCGUGCUGCUAAACUCCCUGGAAUAUGUAAUGCUAAUGUUCCUUUCAACAUUAGUCCACAUGUUGACUGCUCUAAGACCAAAUAA